CAUUAACUCUUCUUCGUGUACUGUUUAUUAAGAAGCAUGGUGAGCUGUCUUCUUUCUUCUAUCUCCUUUCCAGCUAACUACUUUCAGAACAAAACAAAACAAAAAAAUCUGAUAGUUUAUUUUACAUCUGCAUUGUUUCUGAAUCUUUUUGUAAAGUUAAGAACUCUUAUGAUGAUGUUGUAACCAUAUGAGCCUCUGAUGGUGAUUAUGUUGAAUCUACCAAUUAUUAAAUCAAGAACAGACACAAACAGAGGAGGGGUAAAUAGAUCAUCUUAAGUUGUUCACAAAAUGGAGAAGAAAGUUACAAAGAGUGAAGGAAACAUACCAAACUCUAAUAAUAACAAGUUGUCUCUGAUAAGAGCCUUGAGAGGUAUAACAUGUCUGAUGGUGUUGGUGUCAACAGCUUUUAUGAUGUUGAUCUUCUGGGGGUUCCUAUCAGGCGUAGUGCUGAGGCUUUUCAGCAUACACUACAGCCGUAGAUGUGUUUCUUUCUUCUUCGGCUCCUGGCUCGCCUUGUGGCCUUUCCUCUUUGAGAAGAUCAACGGAACCAAAGUCGUCUUCUGUGGUGACAAGGUCCCUUGCGAGGAGCAGCGAGUGUUGCUCAUUGCCAAUCACAGGACGGAAGUGGAUUGGAUGUACUUCUGGGAUCUCGCACUGCGCAAAGGCCAGAUUGGUAAUAUCAAAUAUGUGCUUAAGAGCAGUUUGAUGAAGCUACCUCUGUUUGGUUGGGCGUUUCAUCUCUUUGAGUUUAUCCCCGUUGACCGGAGAUGGGAAGUGGAUGAAGCGAACUUGAGGCAGAUUGUUUCGAGUUUUAAGGAUCCUAGAGAUGCUUUGUGGCUUGCUCUUUUCCCUGAAGGCACAGAUUACACAGAGGCUAAAUGUGAAAGGAGCAAGAAGUUCGCAGCUGAGCAUGGCUUACCAGUACUGAACAACGUCCUGCUUCCAAGGACAAAAGGUUUCGUCUCAUGCUUGCAAGAACUAAGUUGCUCACUCGAUGCAGUUUAUGAUGUGACCAUUGGUUAUAAGACUCGUUGUCCGUCUUUCUUAGACAAUGUCUACGGUAUCGAACCAUCAGAAGUUCACAUCCACAUCCGUCGAAUAAACCAAAGCCAAAUCCCAAAUCAAGAACAAGAAAUCAAUGACUGGUUAAUGAACACGUUCCAGCUCAAAGACCAGCUUCUCGAUGACUUCUACUCCAGUGGUCAUUUCCCUAACGAAGGAACAGAGAAAGAGUUCAGCACACUCAAGUGCCUCGUAAACUGCUUGGCAGUGAUUGUCUUCACUGUCAUCUGCACGUAUCUCACCUUCUUCUCGUCGAUGGUCUGGUUCAAGAUCUAUGUCUCUUUGGUCUGUGCCUACUUGGCCUCUGCUACACAUUUCAAUCUUCGUUCUUUUCCAAUUUUCGAGACUGCAAAAAAGGCUUUUAAAUGAUUAAACAAAUAAACUUUCAUUGUUUUCCGUUUACUAUUAUAUAUUUUGAGUUUUGAAGACUCAAUCCAAUAUCUAGUUAUGAAAUGUGAGCUCAAGUUGCAAUAAGUGAUGAACUCUUUAAUCUUAUGUCUUCAUACAUUCAUCUACAUUCAUGUAAGCUCAUAGCUUGGCAGAUAAAGAACAUAUGCAUAAAGACACAUUUGACUUCUACAUAACUCACAGAGCCACUGCAGUUUUACCCAAAACAGGAUAAAAGAUUUUAUUAUUCUUAUUAAAAAAAUCGUCAACUUGUGAUAAUAAGGCCAAGAUAUAUCAAAAGUAAAAGAAGUUGCACACUGUAUUUAUUUGGUUGCAAAUAAAUUUGAGUCCCCAAUAACGUUUGAGGCCACCAAUGAAACGCCCGUGACAUAUUAGCACACUGGAACAUAGUAAUGCCAAUGUGUCACGGGUCUUCUUCUACUCUUUUAUAUUAUAUUGUAUCAUGAGACAAAGAAAGAAUACAGAUUACACUACUUGAGUAGUGUAGACCAUCUUAAACGAAUAUGGAUAUUGAAUAAUAUCCACAUGAGAUUAAUCACAAGAUUAUUGUCUUAUAUGAUGCUAGGGACGCAUUGUUUUCAUGUUAAUAAUAUCAUAAAUUUGUAGAUCCCAGCUUCGAAACCCGGCCACAGCGAUUUAACAUCCUUACUGCUGGGGCGCUGGACCCCUUCGGGGGAUAUUUGGGAAAGUGGCUGCCCAGACACAGAGAUAUCAAAAAAAAAAAAAAAAAAAAAAAAAUUUGUAGAUCUAACCUCAGCAGUAACGUGCCUAUCCUCUCACUCUAUCUAUAUAAACCCUAUGAAGCAGGUAGCCUAGCCUAUCCCUAAGCUAAGAGAAGAGCAAAAACAAUUGGUGGAAAAACUCUCUCAAAGUACUCAAAAGCCAUGGAGCCAAACACUAAGCUUGUCUUUAUUACCUUGGUUCUUGCCUUGGCACUCACGGCAGCAACCGCACAGUUCUGCGGCAUGUCUGUUGCUGGUCUGUACUCUUGCAAGCCGUAUGUGCAGACUAAGAACCCAUUGACCACGGCCAUAGAUCCCAAGGGCCCUUGCUGCACUGCCCUGUCUGGGGCAGACAACCAGUGUCUGUGCAAGCAGAAAUCCAAAACCAAAACCAAUCCGUUUCUCAGUGGGAUUGACCUCGACCUCGCUUCUAAACUCCCGGAGAUGUGUGGUUUAUCUACGGCAACUUGCUAAGACAAGGUUUUUCUUUGUGUUUUGAUUUUCUUCAUGAGUCCAUUGUUUUUGUACUUGUUUCUGUUGUUGUUCUUUGUUGGCUUGAUGUUGUUUUCAGUUGUUGACUUAACUGCAUUGAAUCGCUGUAGCUUGAUUUCUUCAAAAUAAUAAAACCAAAAAAAAGAUAUUCGUAACAA